AUGAGUACACUCAUUCCCUACCCCACCUCUAUAUUUUUUAUUUUUCAUUCUUGUCAUUUCUCUCUCCUUUUCCAUCAUUUAUCUUUACAUUAUUUUCUCCUUAUUUUUACCUCCUCCCUUCUUCAAUUCUUUUUGUUUACGCCUUUUUCUUUUCUCUCCACUCUAUAUAUCUCUAUCUCCCUAACUAUAUAUUUCUCUCUAUCUAUAUAUCUCUAUCUCACUCUAUCUAUAUAUAUAUCGCUAUAUAUCUCUAUCUCUCUAUCUGUCUCUAUCUGUUUAUCUAUCUAUCUAUCUAUCUAUCUAUCUUUCCCUUUAUAUAUCUAUCGCUAUAUGUCUCUCUGUCUCUCUCUCUAUCUAUCUAUCUAUAUCUAUAUAUAUAUCAGUACUGAUUGUAGACUUUUUUCUAUCUAUCUAUCUAUCUAUCUAUCUAUCUAUCUAUCUAUCUAUCAGUACAAUAAAUAUAUUCAUAUCUUCCAUACAUUUCAUAAUAUUCUCUCAGAUUCCCUCAGCACUAAAGGUGACAUCAAGCAAGAGUUAUUACAGCAAAGAUCUAUAAGUCAUCCCCCUCCUCCUCUUACGGACGGCCUCCAUACACGCACUAACGCAACAGGUACGCAAUAUUCGCUAAGAGAGAGAGGGGGUAUUCUCACUCUCUCUUCUUUCACCUUUACCCUCUUUGACGUUUUUACUGUUUGGAUGCCACCUAAAAGGAGGAAACUUUUGGGACGGCGCACGGCAGCUGCCUCCGCUGCUAGAGCAGCGAGGGCGAGUGAAACCCCUGAACAGACUUCUUUGCGUCUUUCACAGAUGGCCUCGAGCUCAGCUGCUCGCUUAUCCAUGGAACGUGCCGCUGCGCGGACUGAAAGGUUGGCUUCAGCGGCUUCAACUAUGUCCUCACGCCGCGCCAGGCUUUCAGUUGAAGAACGUUCACUUCAGAAUUCACAGGGCGCAGUCCGCGUGGCUAGGUUGAGGGCUUCACAGUCCCCAGCACAGAAAACCCUUCGUCGUUUGCGUGAUGCCAUCGUCAAAGCUUGCUCCAGGAGUUUAGAAAGCCUCGAACAAACAACUUCAUGUCGUCAUAGGAAUACUAGGGCUACAGCCACCUCUAGAGCUUUGGAACAACCUCAAGAAACUGCUCAUCGUCGCUUUAGAAAUGCCCUAUCCACCGCAUCUGCCAGAGCCUUAGAAAUCCCUGCACAGACCCCUGUUCGUCGCAUUAUAAAUGCCCGCUCCACUGCAUCUGCUAGAGCCCUAGAAAGCCCUGCACAGACCACUGUUCGUCGCGUUAGAAAUGCCCGCUCUACUGCAUCUGCCAGGGUUGCAGAAAACUCUGAAGUACGCCGUCAACGGCUCGAAAACAUUAGCUCAUUUCGAGCUUCUUUGAAUGGCGUAACUUCGCCGUCUGCAUCAUUUUGGUCAAAUGUCGCAUACAGUUAUGACUACACUGUCAACUAUUCCGCUAGGAGAGACGUACAAAUAGGGGCCAUGGAUAAAGGAAAGCCACCUCAGUUCCUACAAAUUUACUUUCUCGCAGAAUACAACGAGCAGGUUGAUGCGCGUCUCGGCAUUCUGCCUAGCGAUAUUUCCAUCGGUCCCCGUAGAGACAUUCUGUUCCGUCUACAAGUCAUGCUUCACGAAACUAACAGUUACAUCCGAAGCUUAAAGUUUGCGUUGCAAAACAACUCUUUGCCCUCUUUCAGUGUUGUCAUCGAUGCAGACAGACGGCCUCACGGUGAGCAUGAGCGUCGCUUCAAUGCUCCUGUAUGUAAUGAAAUUGCCGCAGUCAUCCACGGUGAGGAGCAUAACAGCCAUGACAUUGUCAUAAAAUGCCGGGGCGGUGGUCUGCGCCUCAUCAGUGAAACCCACCGUUCAUACGACUGUCUCCAGUACCCCCUUCUUUUUCCAUACGGAAGCGAUGGGUACCACUUCAAAAUCCCAAUAUGCCAGGCAAGCAGCGAUUCCAUGUCGACCUCAAAGACAGUCUCCUGUAGGGCUUACUACGCCUACAUGUUUAUGGUUAGGGAGGGUGAAUUUAACCACUUGCACAGGUGCCAUCAACUAUUUCUUCAAUUCGCUGUUGACAUGGCUGCAAAAAUGGAGUCGGAGAGGUUAGGAUUCAUCAAGUUAAACCAAUCCAAACUUCGAACUGACUCCUACAUUCACCUUCGUGAUGGUCUGCGUUCUGAUGGUGACCCACGCAAUCUCGGCAAACCGUGCAUUUUGCCUUCCUCUUACACUGGUGGCCCUCGAUACAUGCAUGAAAGGACACAAGACGCAAUGACCUAUGUCCGUCAUUGUGGGAGGCCUGAUUUGUUCAUCACGUUCACGUACAAUCCGAAAUGGGUUGAUAUUACACGCAAACUUUUUCCAGACCAGCAGUACUCACACCGCCCUGACCUAAUUGCCCGCGUUUUCCGGUUACAGCUGCGUAAGCUUAUGGAUUUGAUCCUUAAAGGGCAAGUCUUCGGACGUGCCAAGUGUCAUAUGUACACAGUGGAAUGGCAGAAACGUGGUUUGCCUCAUGCCCACAUCCUGCUGUGGCUCAACGAUAAGCGUAACAGCCCAGGAGUUGAAUGCGGUUUCACUGACUUUAUAUUCAACAGAGCGCUGGUGGCCCUAGAAGAUGUUGUUUUCGAACUGGGACGUGCCUCUUUACCAACUUACGGUUUACCACCACCGCUCAGAGAUGUCACAUACAGAGUAAUAAAGGUUAAUUUAUUAAUCUAUUUAUCAAUAUUACUCACUCCCUAUCUAUCUAUCUAUCUAUCUAUCUAUCUAUCUAUCUAUCUAUCUAUCUAA